UUCUUGGCAGGCAAAGGCAUAUAAUGUAGUUGCCCUUGUGGACCUCGUGGCAACAGUCUGGGAGGACUACUUUUCGAGAGGACUGCUUAGCCAUGCAUACAGCCGUGUGCCAGCUCCCCAAAUCUUUUACGACAAGCUUGUGCACAGGAUGCCCGAAAGUGUUGCACAGUCGGUUUUGUACUCUUGGUGAUAGCAUGUACCAGGUGCCCAGUGGACAGGAAGAUGGUAAAAUUUAUCACGGUUUGGCAAGACGUCGGCACUUGCACUUGUAGAAAUGGCCAACAAGAGGCAUUCUGCAAGCAUCAAGCACUGGUUCAUCACAUGUAUGGAGGAGCAUUUCCAAAUGCCCCAAUACUGAAACCCGAUGACCGGCACAAGUUAGGUGUCCUUGCCCUGGGUGACAAGUGCCCUGACAAAAGUUCUUUGGAAGCUUCCGUGAGGUGCUGCCAGAGCUCCCGUCCACACCAGCACUGCUUGGGAAGCACACAAAGGCUGCUUUUGCAAGUGCCAAGAAGGCGUGGCCGCACCAUCAAAGUUCAGCCGACUGGAAUAGCUAGACGUCGGCCGGGUGUGGGCAAGAGGCUCAGAGUAGACGACAUCAAAAAGAUCUUAAUGGAACUGGAAAUGCAUGCCCCAUUUGGGCUCUACCACGUCCCGGCCCACAAAGGCAUCUACGGAAACGAGUUAGUAGACAUGGCAGCCAACACGGUGGCUGACAAACAGCUGUCAGGCUGUUUGUCAGCCGCCGUGACAGCUGUUUGUCAGCUGACAAACAGCUGUCAGCUGUCAGGCUGA